CUGAAGCUGAAGUCACCCAGACGUGUUCCAGCUGGGCUGUCCUCCAGCGCCCUCUGCUGGUCGCUCUGGAGAAUACAGUCACAGCAAGCUGCGUUCAAGGACACCACGCCGUUUAACAACCCAGAACCAUCAGAUUAAAGUCCGAUGUCUUAAAGCGCCCCGAUACCGAGGACGGUGUUCCAGCUGCGGUGAGGCUGAGAGGGAGGGACCCGGGAACUUCAAUGCUGAAGAGGCGUUCAGGAACACUUCCGGGUCCUGAACGCAGCUUGUAUUCGACGCUUCCCGUCAGAAUGGUGACAGGAGGUGAGGUCCUCAGCCUGGUCCUGGUCUCCCUGCUGUGGGGCUGCACCAAUCCCUUCCUGAGGACGGGUUCUGCGGGUCUGGAGCGCGUGAGGGAACCGAGCAGAGUGCGGCAGCUGCUGGCGGAGGUCCGGUUCCUGCUGCUGAACGUCCAGUACAUGGUCCCGUUCCUCCUGAACCAGAGCGGCUCGGCGGUGUUCUACUACACUCUGUCCAGCACCGACCUGUCUGUGGCGGUUCCUGUGGCCAACUCCCUGACCUUCGUCUGGACGCUGCUCACCGGCCGGCUCCUCGGUGAGGAACUCGGAGGAAAACAGGCGGUCCUGGGAAUGUUCCUCACCAUGGCCGGCAUCACGCUGUGUGUCGUCAGCUCCACGGAACCCCUCGGUUCUGACCGGCACGCAUGACGGAGAACACCAGCAAGAACUCGGGGGAUGAAGAACAUGAUGGACGGAGAACAUGACGGACGGAGAACAUGACGGACGGAGAACAUGACGGACGGAGAACAUGACAGAUGGAGAACGCGGGGAUGGAGAACAUGAUGGAUGGAGAACAUGAUGGAUGGAGAACAUGAUGGAUGGAGAACAUGACGGAUGGAGAACGCGGCCCAGACGUGCUCUGGUCAGUCGUUCUGCUGGUGGAAGUGGAAGCUGGAUCAUGUCAGCUGACUGCAGAACCCGCUCCAGGUUCCAGCCUGGUUCUGAUGCUGCGGUAACGGAACAGUCUUCACUCAGCUGGGUUCUGUUGGCUUCGUUUAAAAGCGUUUCAGGACAGAAUGAAGUGAAAAGACGAGACGAGCUGAAACAGCUCAUUCUGAAUGAAAUGAUUCUGAAAUAAAUGUAAUUU